CCCACCACACUGCAUUCUCUCUCCUGUCAAAUAUUUAACUUCAAGACAAAACAAUCCUGGACCCCCCUUCCUUUCUACCUUCUCUCUCUCUCUCCUCAUUCUAGUAUUCUACCCUCCUCCAUUAUCACUCUUCUCUCUCUCUCCUCUCUUGUCCACAACAACAACAUCCUACAUUCCCACAUUAUCUCUCUCUCUCUCCUCAAUCCUCAUUCUUUGCUUUUGUUGUUGUCAACAAUCAACAAUCAACAUUCAACAAUGGUGAGGAGUGUUUCAUCAGAAGAUGAUGGAUACGACCAACAAAGUGAAAGGGGUGGAAGUUACUGUUUAAGUGCCGACGUUAGUGAAUCCGAAAGUUCUAGUAGUUUCUCUCUCCUCCGUUUUGACCCUGAUGCUGCCCCUUCUACCUCCACUUCUUCACCCGCACUCCGACAUCCCAACACCUUCAACUUCGCCGCCACACAUUUCGCUUUCCCUGUCAUCUCCGGCCGUGAUGCCGUUCUUUGGGAUCAUCCUAAACCUCCCAAAUCUGACCCCUCUGAUUUAUCCGAAGUGGAGUUGAUGAAGGAAAGAUUUGCAAAGUUAUUACUUGGAGAAGAUAUGUCUGGUGGUGGAAAGGGUGUUUGUACUGCACUUGCUAUCUCUAAUGCAAUUACAAAUCUUGCUGCUACUGUUUUUGGGGAAUUAUGGAGAUUAGAGCCUUUGGCAACUCAGAGGAAGAAGAUGUGGUGUAGAGAAAUGGAGUGGUUGUUAUGUGUGAGUGAUUCCAUUGUUGAGCUAGUCCCUUCCGUACAAGAGUUUCCUGGUGGAGGUACGUUUGAGGUUAUGGCAACGAGGCCGAGGUCGGAUUUGUAUGUCAAUUUGCCUGCUCUUAAGAAGUUGGAUGCGAUGUUGCUUAGUAUGCUUGAAGGGUUUAAGGAGACUGAGUUUUGGUAUGCUGAUCGUGAAAGUGAUGAUCAGGAUCCUUGUAAAUCAACGGGGUCUAAUGGUCGGCCGUCUGUUCGACAGGAGGACAAGUGGUGGUUGCCGUGUCCGAAAGUUCCGCCUCGUGGGUUGUCGGAGGAAGCUAGGAAGAGGUUGCAGCAAUGUAGGGAUUGUACUAACCAGAUUCUUAAGGCAGCUAUGGCUAUUAAUACUAGUGUCAUUGCUGAAAUGGAGAUUCCUUGUGCCUAUUUGGAGUCUUUGCCUAAGAAUGGAAAAGAUUGUUUAGGAGAGAUCAUCUACCGAUAUGUAACUGCAGAGCUGUUCACACCAGAAUGUCUUCUUGAUUGCCUAGACUUGUCUUCAGAACAUCAGAUUCUGGAAGUAGCCAAUAGGAUUGAGGCAUCUGUUCAUGUCUGGAGACUGAAAGAUCAGAAGAGACACGCUGGUCACUCUAGAAGUAAAAAAACAUCAUGGGGGGGAAAGGUUAAAGGUCUAGUAACUGAUAACGAGAAGAAUCAAGUUCUUGCACGACGUGCUGAGACUCUUUUGAGGUGCCUGAAGCUUCGGUUUCCUGUGCUGCCACAGACAGCUCUAGAUAUGAGCAAGAUCCAGUUUAACAAGGAUGUUGGACAAGCAAUUCUUGAAAGCUACUCAAGAGUAACAGAGAGUUUGGCAUUUAACAUUAUGGCUAGAAUAGAUGAUCUCUUAUUUGUAGAUGAUGCUGUUAAACAAUCAGCUUCAGAGUCCAAAUCUCUUUUCUGCAGAGGAGGUUUUGGUGGUCUACCUAUCCAAAAGCGGAUGUCACCUAGCCCUUUCUCCAUUCAACACUCCCCUUAUGGCUCACCAUUUGCUACCCCGAGCUUCUGUUUCUCCCCUGCUGGAAGUCCUGGUAGAACACUCUCUACCCUCAGCAAAAUGAACUUUAAAGCCACAGAAGAUCUGAAAACCGAAAAAUCACUUACGGAAGAGUUUGAGAGGGUCUGGGCACAUCCUGGGAAUCUGAGUGCAAGGAAAGCCUCUGGAGAUGCUCCUGAGAGAGACUAAUGAUUGGUGACAAUUCCUAAAGAAGGCACACAGUCGAAAAAUAGUUAAGCUUAACUUUCUUUGUAAAUUCUCUAGCAACAGAUCAUCUGUGCAGUAAGUAUCUUUUUAGUUAAAGGUUAGCUUAGUUGCAAAACUCUCUACUCUGUCCUAAAUUUGUGGAGGAUUUUGUACGUGUUAGAGGAUUAUAGCUGUUCUUACUACAAAACAUUUUUCCCUUUAUGAUGGUUCUUUUAUUGAGUACCAGGAUUAGUAGUUGGAUAGAGAGGUGUUGGGAAGAUGGUAAAAGUUGGGGGUGUAUUAUGGUUAUGCAUUAGUAGUUUGAUACUACUUUCUGUUUUUUCUAGGAAACCUGAGGUUAUAUGUAAAGGAGGGCUUUUUAUAUUUCUAAUCAAAUGGAUGAAUUCAUUUGUAUAA